AUGGGCUCAAUCGCACUUACACAACCUUCUGUCAAGGAGGAGAUGGGCCUCUGCAGAGUCCCCAUCAAGUACAACGAAAGGUACAAGCCGAGCGGGACCAAAUCCUAUGUCAACCUCAUGGCCCGAUAUGGUUUCCAGCCAACCCAGCCAGGACCUUAUGGAUACAUCAACAGGAUGUUCCAACGUGGCUUGGCCGGAUCAACGGUCGCGCUCGGCGGGCGUGCGCACAUGGAGAAGGUCCUGGCCCGCAAGAGCGAGGUCGAAGGUGGCUAUGGCGGACAAGUCACUGCCGAUGAUAUUCAAAACGAGUCGCUGUACCUCUGUGAGGUGAAGAUCGGUACUCCGGCGCAGAAGCUCGAGUUGCAGCUGGACACGGCCUCUUCAGAUAUAUGGGUUUUCUCUUCAGGUUCCAGUCGCGGCGUCAACCGCACCAACUUUGACGCAUGGAAAUCAUCGUCUUUCAGUUGCCAAAGCGACAAGACGUGGGUCAUGAAGCGACCCGAUGGCAGCUCCAUCUCCGGGGAGGUAGGCACGGACACUGUGGUGGUGGGCGGCCUGGAGGUCCCGGACCAGCUCCUAGGGCUGGGCAAGGUCGUUGGCGGCACCUCUACCGAGAGGAUGGUGGCCGACGGCACUCUAGGCCUCUCGAUGCCGCAGACAAGGUAUAUUCAGAGGAACGGAGUCAACGACCCACAGACAUCAUUUGUGGCCAGGAUGGCCGAGGCAAAGAUCUUGCCCGAGGAUGCGCAGCUCUUCACGACAGCCUUGUGCAGGCCAACCCAGGGAGGCAAACAAGAGUCGUUUUGCACUUUUGGAUAUGUGGACGAGGACAUGGUGGACGGCGAAAUCUCCUGGGCGAAGGUGGACAGCGGCAAAGGCAUGUGGAUGUUCCCGUCGGCCAGCACCACCAUCAAUGACGAUAAGAUAUCGCGGUCCGGCAACAUGGCGGUUGUCGACAGCUCCACACCCCUCAUCCUCCUCAGCGACGAGGCCUGUGAGGCCUUUUACAAGAAGAUCGAGGGCGCCAAGUACAGCAGACUACGCCAGGGAUGGUUGGUUCCUGGGGGUGAGACACAAGGCAUGCCGGAGCUGCGCGUGGCAGUAGGUGAGACCGAAUUUGGCAUCUCGACUUCUGAGUACGCGUUUUCGCCAGCAGACGGCGACAUGUUCUUUGGCGUUGUUCAGUCGAGGGGGAACAAUGAGUUUGAUGUGCUUGGCGUUCCUUUUCUGAGAUCAGUCUAUGCGAUCUGGGACUUUGGGCACCAGCGCUUUGGGUGCAUUGCAAGGAGCAAAUAA